CUGACUGCUAUCCCUCAACAUGUUCAUUAUGAAGUCGUUGAUUUUCCUUUUAUUGUCUGGACUUGCAAUUGGUGAUCGAGGUAAUUCCUCCUACAGUUUGCUGCCCAAGUUACUGCUGGUGUCCUUUGAUGGCUUCAGAGCUGACUAUUUGCAGAACUAUGAAUUUCCCCAUCUCCAGAAUUUUAUCAAAGAAGGUGUCUUGAUAGAGCAGGUUAAGAAUGUUUUUAUCACAAAAACAUUCCCAAACCACUACAGUAUUGUGACAGGCUUGUAUGAAGAAAGCCACGGCAUUGUGGCUAACUCCAUGUUUGAUACAGCCACAAAGAAAUAUUUUUCCGACUUUAAUGAUAAGGAUCCUUUCUGGUGGAAUGAAGCGGUACCUAUUUGGGUGACCAAUGAGCUUCAGGAAAACAGAUCUAGUGCUGCUGCUAUGUGGCCUGGUUCUGACGUAGCCAUUCACAAUACUACACCUUCCUAUUUUAUGAAAUAUAACUCUUCAGUGUCAUUUGAGGAGAGACUCAAUAAUAUUACCAUGUGGCUGAACAAUUCAAGUCCUCCGGUCACCUUUGCAACCCUCUAUUGGGAAGAACCAGAUGCAAGUGGCCACAGAUACGGGCCUGAAGAUAAAGAAAAUAUGAGCAGAGUGUUAAAGGAAGUCGAUGACCUUAUUGGUGAUUUGGUUCAUAGACUCAAGGUGGUAGGAUUAUGGGAAAAUCUUAAUGUGAUCAUCACAAGUGAUCAUGGGAUGACCCAAUGUUCUGAAGAAAGAGUGAUAAAUUUGGACCUCUGCAUCAAUCACUCAGACUACACUGUCAUAGAUUUAACCCCAGUUGCUGCAAUACUUCCCAAAAUAAAUAGAACAGAAGUUUAUAACAAACUGAAAACUUGUAAUCAUCACAUGAAGGUUUAUCUCAAAGAAGACAUUCCUCCCAAAUUCCAUUACCAACAUAAUGAUCGAAUUCAGCCCAUAAUUUUGAUUGCCGAUGAAGGUUGGACAAUUGUGCUUAAUAAUUCAUUAGUAAAAUUAGGUGACCAUGGUUAUGAUAAUUCGUUGCCCAGUAUGCAUCCAUUUCUAGCAGCUCACGGUCCUGCAUUUCACAAAGGCUACAAACAGAGCACAAUUAAUGUUGUGGAUAUUUAUCCAAUGAUGUGUCACAUCUUGAGAUUGAAACCACAUCCCAACAAUGGAACUUUUAGUCAUACCAAGUGUUUAUUGACUGAUCAGUGGUGCAUUAGUCUACCAGAAGCCAUUGGUAUUGUUGCUGGUGCACUCUUGAUCUUAACCACUCUAACGUGCCUUAUAAUUGUCAUGCAAAAUAGACUGUCUGCACCUCAACCAUUUUCCCGACUCCAGCUACAAGAAGACGAUGAUCCUUUAAUUGAGUAAUGUGUUGGGAUUUAUAUCAAAUUUCUUUGGUUAGUCACAAAGCCGAUGUUAUACCCUGAAAAUGUGCCAUAACUAUUCACAAUAUGCUUUGAAGAAGGGACUAAGAUUUUAGACCAAGCGUUCUAAAGUUAUUGUCUUCUUUUUCUUUAUUUUUGAUGCUUUUUUUUUUU